UGGAAGUGUCAUUCCUGUGUAAUUAUCCCGUUGCUAAAAUAGUUGGCUACCGUCCCUUUCAUCGGCUAAUGGAAGAUUCGGGUAGUAGCCAACCCCAACGUUGUCCGUGCGGUUUUUGGGGGUCUCCCAAAACUUCUGGCUUAUGUUCCAAGUGUUACAAAGAGGAUAUUGACAUCAGCAAAGGAAAAGAACCCAGGGAGACAGAUCCACGAAAACCCAAUAUUUCUCAUAGUAACAGCUCAUCUUACUGUACAUCAAUGGAGCCGUCACCACACACCUCCAGGUCUGCCAAGGAUAAUAUUGGCAAGAAGAAUUCAAAGAAUGGCGGUGAAGACAUUCAUGUUCAGAAAGGAAACCCCGGCUCAAAGGAUGUAACAGUUAGUUCCCAUGCCGGUGUUUCCUGGGACACUGAUGCUGUUCCCGACAGCAACCCUAGUGUGUUAAGUGAUAUAGCAACACCAGACAAACUGUGUACAAAAGCUGAGGACAGUUCUCAAACUGCAGAUAUAUCAGCUUCUGUGACUAAAGACAUUUCUGUUAAUAAUGACACUAUUCAAAAUCCAUCGGUUUCUGAAGAAGCAAAGGGUACAAAAAGAGACAGUUCAGUCCUGGAUGAAGAAUCACCUCAAAAAGUUGCAGUUGUUCAAAAGAACAAGAAACGAUGUUACAAGUGUAGCACCAAGAUGGAACUAGCUCAAAGAGAGAUAGGACGAUGUAGAUGUGGUUUGAUAUUCUGCCCACUACACAGACUACCUGAACUACAUAACUGUAACUUUGAUCAUAAGGAAGACGGGCGAGAGAAGGCCCGUGAGAAAAUGGUCAAACCAACUCGACAUCUCGGAACCUCUUUCCGGCGCUUGGAUACCGACUUGUGAUUGUUCUCACUAUACAGUAGCAACCCAAAACACACCAAAAUCUCCAGUUGUCUUCAAUAUAAUAAAACAAAAAAUGAAAAGACAACUCACAUACAAGGUUUUUGGGGUGUUAGAAGAUGCAUAAUCAUUGCAUUGUAUUUUCUGUUAGAUGUUCAGGACGAUUGCAGGAUUAUUGUUGGAGUUAGUGCUCGUUAAUGCAGCAUCUUUUACCAGCAAACGCCUGGUGGACAAACGGAUGUAUUGUCUAUAGCAAUAUGCUUCGGAGAUGCCAUAGCAAUGGCCUACGUUUUUACACACAAUGCUACACACAUUGGUACUUGUAGAUAACAUUUAGAGGCAGGAGGCAGAGCAAAUAAACUACCUCCCAAGUUUUUGUUGGAUAAGCACAGUGUUUCAUAGUGAAAUGUAUUGUGUAGAUGAUUUUGCUAACUUUUACUUUUAUCACAUACAGACUUCGUGGACUUUUUGGUAUGCUGGUACUACCAUGUUAUUAUGUAUUUAUGGAACUAUAUAAGACUUUGUAUACCGAAGCCUAUCUUUAUUAAAGUUUUAAAGUUGGCAUUCAAAACAGGGCUAGAUCAUAAAAUAAUGAUGCCCUAAGCUGUGGUAGUUUAACCAACUUUAUACUAUAAACAUAUUAGCAUUAUUGAUUAGAAUACUGUAAAUAAUAACAUGCAAUUAUAUAAAGUUUGUAAUUGUAUAUAUAUUCAGACCUCAUUACAAUGGCCACAUUUGUCCCAAAGUAACUUUAUUAGAGUUUUUCAUGGUAACAAAUGCAUAGUUUUCGUAAACAAAAUACUACCUCAUAAGAAAUGCUCUAUUUAUGCAGACAGUUAAUGCAUAAAGAAUUACACUUCUUCUUUUUUUUAAGGAUAUAGGGAAAAUGCUUGUCUAAAAUCACAACACAAGGUACCAUUAUCGAUGCAGACAUCAAUGGACACAUUGCCCUUUCAAAUGCCAAGGGAUGUCCCAGACCCGUAGUCGGAAAGAAAUUGCUUAACAAACAUAUUCCGUCCAUUUUUAUCAUAAUUUGUUUUAAAUGCACACAACCGUAACCCAGCAGGAACUUCUGUGUACAUACCUGGUAAAACGGCGGUCUCCAAACAUUUGUGUGGGUACAAGACUAUCAAAUGGCAGAUGGCUAAGUUUAAACUGUAAACACCUGGUGUGCAUCACAGUGAUAACAAAUGGCCAGAUUUUUUUGUUGUCAUUAAAAUGUGUACUUUGAGAAGAUAAUUACACAUUGGUUACAAUUAUGAUCUGAAAGUGUGAAUUGAGGUAAAGUUAUAUUUCCCCAACAUUUUAAUGAGGUCUGACUAUACAAAUAACAAACAAAAACAUAUAGGUUGCUUUUUAAAAAUUGAAAAAGAUUAAACUUUAAAAAUAAAAGAGAAAUAUUUAGAUGGCCUCAUGUUGUGAGGUCCUUUUGUGUACCUUAGUUCAUGUAUAUAUCUGGUACUUGCUAAAACCUAAAAACCUGGAUUUUGUAGUUUAGUUGGAAUUUUGGCUCUAACAUAACAUUAGUUUCAAUUCAACCAGGGCAAAAUAUUGAAAUGAAGUAAAUAAUCACCUGCUGGUAAAAAUUAAAUGACAAAACUAAAUUUAUAAUAUAUGCCAAUAAGAUGUUUAAAGAACUUUAGUCAGCAUGAGUGAUCAUUUUAAAACUAUUUCUAGAAUUUCUAAAAGUUUAUUCACAUUCAGUAUUUAAAAAAAAAAAAAAAUAUUAAUCUCUAGCUUCUGGAUAAAAUUUCACCUUACUUGGCACUGGAAUAGACUGCAAUUUAUUCUCUUAUAGUUUGGCAUAUGCAUCAACUAUUGCUUUUAUUUGUUUUGUACUUUAUUUUCUAUUAAUAUUAAUUUAUCACAUAGCUUAAUUACCGUAGUUCGUGAACUAAAUGUCUAGAAAUUGCUUUUACUUAUUAAGGCCAAAUGAAAUCAUUAAAUAGUUUUUUUAAGCACAUCGUGUAAUACAAAAUGUAUUUGUAUUUUUUAAAGAACAUAUUUUAAUAUACAAAUGACCACAUUCAUGAUUCCAUAAGUUUUAUGCUAUAGCUCUACUUUAUUAAAUGAUAAAUUAUAAGUAUUAAAUUGGCAUACCAGGAUCAUUGUAAUGAAUCUGUGUGAAGGUUUUUUUAACACAUUUAUUGAUACGGGUAUAUUGUAAAUUUUUAUUAAAACAAUUUUUUGUCAAUUCACUGUUUAUUAAUUAGUUUGGCCUUAUUAAGAAUUUUGCUUGAUACACUAAUGUCACAGCUUGAACUAUGUGAUAAUGCUGGUUGACUAGUAUGUACGUAUGGUAGUGGAUGUUUGCAGUAUGUGGACAGUAUGAAUACAUAACAAUUUACUGCUGUAUCUUAAAUAAUUAAGCAAAAACUAAAGUAAUAAUCGAGGAAACCUUAUUUUUUCUUCUCUGGGGUUUUUUUUUCUUCUUUUUUUAACGUCUUCUUUAUUUCUGUUGUUUUUCAUACACUGCUAGCUAAUUUUACACAACUUUACUGGGGAUUUUGGGGGGGGGGGUAUAACUGGUAAAAAAAAAUGAUGUUAAUGGUACUGAAACAUUGUGAACAAAUUAUUUACUGUAGCUCCUGUUUCAUUUAAUAUUCACAGCAUGUUGCUCGUGUCCCAUGGUUCAUUGAAGAAACCAUUUAAUAGUCAAUUAAGUCUCUUGAAAGUGACCUUUCAUGGAAUCUUGAAUAAUUUUGGCAUUUUUCUAUGAUGUGAAUUUUUGUGUGUUUGUUUGUGUGCAUGCAUGUGUGUUUAACUAUCUGCUUUGAAUUGUUAGGUUGGGUUUUUUUUUAAUAAAUUUUGUUUACUUUAGCAAUAUGUAAGCUUAGUGUGUAAUCUUGCAGCCCUUAUUUUCAAAAUGUUCUGUUUGUCCAAAUUUAGUUAACAUUCAUUGUCACAAUAAAUAUAUAAUAUAGUCUAAUACGGUUAUUGGAUAAGAUUGCUACUGUUAAAAAGCAAUGAAAGAUCCAUUUAACUGUAUAUGCAAUUUUGUAUAUAUUAUUUUGUGUGCUUCCUUUAAGUCGAUUUUUUUUUUCUUCUUUUCUACAUAAAAUUAAGCCUCUUGAAUUUUAAAGUAUGUUGAUAAAGUAAAAUGAGGGGAUGUGAUGUGACGACUGUUCUAGUGUGAAACUUAGAUGUGCAAACUUGCUAGAUCAGUUGACUAUCUUCAUGUGAGGCCAUCUGUCUUCUUGAUUAAAUAUUCCAUCUAAGAUCAGUCACCCAUUCUGUAUUGAAUGUUGAAGCUACCAAAUAAAUGACAUACCUAGUAAAAGCUGAACACAUUUAACAAGUGGGUUUUGGGUGUUUUUUUAAAUAUAUACGUGUACAUUAUUACAGAAUGGAUAUGCAUGACUAUGAUUCACUUGUGCUUUUUUAUGAUUUGAUGACUGUUAUUUAAAAUAAGCUCACCAUUUGCAUGUCAGUGUUAUAAAUCAUGUCAAUCAGGGUUUUUUGUGAACUUUGAAUAAAAAUGACUGAUGCAUGUUAAAAAUCAACCAUACACUAAAUGUUGGUUAUUUCUUUAUAAUUCCUCUUACUUGGUGUCAUUUAUUAUUGUCAAGGUAUGCAGGUCUCCCUUGGAGAUUAAGAGAUGACCUACCAUUAUGGAUUGUAAGUAACCUAUUCAUACACAGCUUUUUGAAAUAAUGCUAUGACUAUCCAAAGUUUGUUACCCAAAUAUAACGUGUUUUUUUUUAAUUCAGCAUUGCACUAAAUGAUGCAUUAAGACAUUCUUUGAGUCUUCCUUUUACUGCACUAAACAGCUUUUUAAAGUGUGUUCCUUAAAUAUGUUUAGGUUUGAUCAUAAUAAAAUGAUUAUUACACAAUGCAAACUUUGGAUAUUCAAAAAUAUAUAUAUGCAUAUGGGUAUUAAUAGUGUUUGUAGAACUUAAAUAUCAAAAUAUUUAUCCCAUAAAUCAAGAAUAUUGUGGUUUAUUAUCUUUAUUUGGAUAUUUUACUUCAGUAUAUAUUAGUAAAUACAUUCACACAGGUUUAUGUAGUCUGAAUAUUUGAAAGUGAAGCACAUUAAUAGUUUUGGUUCUUUAGUACCAGGCUCAUGUUUAUUAAACUCUUGACUUGAGGCUUGAAUAAAAUCUUGUCAAACAAAUGAUAUGUAGUUAAAAUCUGGGUAAACUAAGUUACUAUGUCUCAAGUCUGGACCUCAGACUUGUAUAAGCAGCAGCCCAGGGUAAACAAUUUUUUUAAUUGGAUGAUGCAUAAGCUAAGUAGUUGUGUAAUUUAUUAUUAAUAAAGAGCUAUAUGUACAUUAGUUUUUGCGAUUUCUGAAAUUACAGGUAUAUCCGAUGUAUGUUAUCUAUGUGAAUGUAGAUAACUGAACCCAAAUAAAUAGCUUGUUCUCUAUAAUGGGUGUAUUAACAUUAUGUAUGAUUUACAUAGUUAUAAUUUUAAAGUGCUAGAUUGUCGUUAAUAUUUAUUCGUUAACAGUUUUAUAGGAAAACUUAUUUAGAAAUAAUAUUUGUAUUCUAUUAAAUGCAUAAUUUUGUUUCUGUUUCACUUCUAAACAGAUUUUAAAAAGGGUUUUUCAGUUGUACACAAAUUUAGACCAUGGAAAUAUGGGGUUCUUCAUUGCUUAAUCUUCCAUAACAUCGGGUAUAAACGUGAAUUUUGCCCAAAACCUUGCCUAUUAAUUGGCCAUCCCUGCAUGAAAAUCUUUAGUUCAGUUUUAAUUUCCUAUUCAACAUCCCAGUUAUGGUAUUAGAGGGUUUUUUAAUUGCAAAUACGGUACCAUCAAAUUUAUGUUUGUACAGAACAAAAAGAUUAGGUGUAUGUGCAAAUAAAUGAAUGCACUUCAUAAUAAUUGUAUUUAAUAAUGGGGACAGAAGAUGUGCUGUGCAUUUAUCUGAAAGCCAUGUACAUGCCACUCAAAUGUUUUUUUUAACUUUGUAUAUGUAGUAGUUGUCAACCAAGAUCUUUUUAAUGAGUUUGUAAUUAUAUUUCAAUCUUGGUAGAUCAUCAUUUGGUUAUUUUUUCCUCCUGUUUUGACAGCUUUACCGUUUAUGAUUGUCAUGUUGUAUAUGAAGUGGUGGGGGUGGGUGGGUGGGUGGGUGUCUAAAAUGCUGCACAUGUUAAUUCUUUCAUUUAUGACCAUUAAAAUGAUUUCGGAUAUGCUAGAGCCUUUGGUGGAUCAAGUGUCAAAUCAUAGGGACUGAAAUCAAUUUCUGCUCUUAUUUUUUUUUAAUGUCUUUUUUCCCCUCUGAAUUAAGCGUAAUAUUAGUGAUUAUACUAUUGAUAAUGUUAUCAUUGUAUAGUUAUAAGCAAUUGUCAACAAAAUAUUAGUUACCUACAUGAUGUAUUUAUGCACCAACUGAAAAAAAUAAACCCAGUGUACAGAAACUGAAUGACUACGGUGGUCUGUUGAAAAUGAUGGAUAACUAAUAAUUUGUUACCUUAGUAACAUAACAUGUUAUUAAAUGAAAGAUGAAUAAAUUAUAUUUACAAGG